AUGAUGCUGCAAAGGGACUCAUGCCCUGGGGGGCCCCUCACUGUUACAGUUUGUGCCCGGGUGCAGAUUCCCACGGCAGAACCUUGCCAUGCUUGCGCGGCCUGUGCCCCCGUUCCAAAGCCACCCAUAGUUGGGGGACGCCGUAGUCUGAUGGCUUCCCGGGCAGCCGCGCAGGCGGGACGGGCCAAUCGAUCCCUCAAAGGUAGGCGCAGCGAACGGACCCUCCAUUCGCGGUCUGGAACAUCUCCACAAGGGAGUUGUGGGCGGAGUCCGACGCAUCCAUCGCAAGUGCGCCGCCCCGACCCAAGCACAGGCCACUGGCUGUUGACUUCGGUCUUAAAACGCCGGGCAGUGGCAUGA